AUGGAUAUUCAACAGCUAAAAGCAGUCAUAUCUGCUCUCUGCAAAAUCCCGCUCCUUUUUCUGCUCUUGUAUCUCUUCGUUUGCUCACUUGAUGUUUUAAGCUCUGCCUUUCAGCUAGCUGGAGGUAAGAAAUCUUGUUGUCACAUUCCUCUCCCAAAGUUACUCUCAUUCUAGCAUUUCUCACAGUUUUUGAUACAGAUAGAUUAAAAUUAACAUCCUCUGUGUUAUAGACAAACAAUGAAUAUUUGGAUGCUGUUUGAAAGCUGUCUGUCUCUUAAACUCUGUCUGUCAGGGAGGUUAGCAGGAGAUAUCUUCCAGAAAAAUGCUAUCCUGUCUAACCCAGUGGCUGGGCUGGUGGUGGGAAUACUAGUGACGGUGCUGGUGCAGAGCUCCUCCACCUCGACCUCCAUCAUUGUCAGCCUGGUCUCUUCUGGCCGUGAGUUUAAUUUAUGUAAACACUUUGUUUUGACAUGGUAAACAUAAUACCAUAACGCUGCUUUUCAGCCAAUCAAAUCUAACUUGUUUUAAAAAUGUGGUUUUCUAUUCAGUGCUGGAUGUUCAGUCAGCCAUCCCUAUCAUUAUGGGCUCCAACAUCGGAACAUCAGUCACUAAUACCAUUGUGGCUUUAAUGCAAGCAGGGGAGAGGAAUGAGUUUGAAAGGUACCACAUUUGCCUUGUAUUCCUGUUUUUAUGAAAACAUUUGAUUCAUCAGUGGUUGUAUUUUCACUUCAGGGCAUUUGCUGGAGCGACAGUCCACGACUGUUUUAACUGGUUAUCCGUUUUGGUGCUUCUCCCUCUGGAAGCUGUAAGUGGGCUGCUGAGGCGACUGUCACAAGCCGUGGUCAAAUCACUUCAAUUCAGCGCUGGAGAGGAAGCUCCUGAGCUUCUCAAAGUUCUUACAGAGCCACUCACCAAAAUGGUCAUACAGGUACUAUGUUCACUUAUUCCCAUGAGGACAUUUAAUUAGUUUUCUUUGCUUCCGAACACGAGAAAACCUUCUUGAAAAGUUAUCAACCUCUCUUCUAUAUUAUCUUUAAAUAAACUUUUGAUGGAGACAUCUGAUAUCCAGAUAAUCUCUUUAAGUAACAACUUUGAUAUUAAUGUGAUAACCUGAUUAUUCCUGUAUAGCUGGAUCAGUCAGUCAUCACAGCCAUCGCCACAGGAGAUCAGAGUGUGAGAAACCAGAGUCUAGUGAAGCGAUGGUGUCACAUCACAACCGCAAAGAUGCAGGUACCAAACACUGUGUCCUAAUCUAAGUUUUGAAAAACUUGUACUGCAUGUUUAAAACUUUAAGUGUACCAUAUGUAUUACACGUAUCACAGCUGAUUAUUACACAUUUAGAAAUUGUCCCACCAUCAUUUUGCCUCAGUCUGCACUCUGCCUGUUUAUCAUUGCUAACAGGAAAAUGAGACUACCUGGGGAACACACAACCUUUCAGAUCAUACAGAGAAAUGUAUGCCAUUUUAUCCAUUUUUAAAGAUGACUUUAAGUGAUUUUAAGUCAUCUGUGAUAAAAUAACUACUAAUUUCUAUUCCUCCCUCUGAUGUAUUUCCUUCCCUUCUUGUGAGUAAAAUCGAAAAAAUUUCACUUGCAAAUCAAUUUUCAGAAUGCAAUGCAAAUGAAACAAAGCCAUGACUUGGUCUGAUAUUUUGUCAAGUGUUUCCAAAAAAAGGAAUGACAGCUUUAUUUUACCAAUCGCACAACAAACCUUGUUCUCAUCUCCCAAAUCUCAUUGUAACACACAGCAUAUCUCUGUCUCUGCUCAGGUAGGCAUCUCUUUGUGCACUGCUCACUGUCAGACCUUGCUAUAGGUCUGAUCCUCCUGUCUUGCUCUCUUCUGGUGCUGUGCAGCUGUCUGAUACUGCUGGUUAAACUUCUCAACUCCCUCCUAAAGGGCCAGGUGGCCAGUGCCAUUAAUAAAGUUGUUAAUACAGGUAACAAAAAGUGGGCAGACCAAUGCCCUUUUACCAAUAAAUAAAAUGUAUUCUUGACUGACGCUUAACUUAAACUCUGACAAUGUACAGGAGAGAGUGUUUCCACUUUUACAAAUGUUCUUCCUGUGCCUUGUCUCAUUCUGUGCUUUGUAGAUUUUCCUUUCCCUUUCAGCUGGCUGGCAGGUUAUCUCGCUGUAUUAGUGGGAGCGGGCAUGACCUUUUUGGUACAGAGCAGUUCUGUCUUCACUUCUGCCAUCACUCCUCUCAUAGGUAUUAUACAGACACACCCAUAUACUCAUACUCAGUAUUAACUGUAAUGUGUCAUGUGAUCCUAAUGCCUGCCACACCAAAAUCUUUAUUGGUUUCUGAGGGGAACAGAGGAACAUCUUUAUGUUAGCCUUAUAAGAGCAGAUGGCAACUUAAGAACUUGUCAUCCAUUUCUCUUCAGCUACAACAAUUAAUGAAUUACCACCAGAACAGUGCACCUCUCCUGCUACCUUGGUACAGCAUUAACAGGAUUGUAGCAGCUAAUGGUUAAGCAUGUUGGUUUAAAAUCCUAUAUGGGUGAAAGAUUAGUUUAUUCCUAGAGAUAGCCUAACAUUGUAGGCAGUAAAAAUCGCCUUGUUGACCUGAGCACAAGACGGGGUGAUGACUUUCUACACAGGUGUUAGUAUUCAAUGGCACAGAAAUACAAAAGAUAGAGCUGUGGAUUUGUCUAACUCAGCUCAUUGUAGUAUCAGUAUAUUUGUGCUCAUUCUCUGUGCCAACACUUUGAUGAACAAUACUUCACUGAGAAGAUGUUCAAAACAUCACCUGACUUUAACUUAUUGUUUUUAUAUGUGCUUAUUUAUUUUCUGUUAUUCAACGCCUGCUUAAUGUUGUCAAAUACAGAAGUACAGUUACUGUUUAUGUUGUCAAUCAAAGGGAUUGGUGUGAUCAGUAUUGAAAGGGCUUACCCUCUUACACUGGGGUCAAACCUUGGAACCACGACAACAACAACACUCGCAGCCCUGGCCAGCCCAGGAGAUAAACUAGCCGCUGCCACACAGGUACCACACACAAGCACCUACAAAUGCAGUUUUAUCUAUUUAGACUGGGGUACAGAAAGACAAAUACUCGUACUAUAAAACAUUGACAGUUCUUCUCAUAAUUUCUUGUGCUCUACCUCUUCAAAUUUUAAUACCUGUCCCAUGUGAGUGCUCUGCAGUUUCCUACUUGUCUCACUUGGUAGAAAUGUUCGUUUAUCUCCUCUUCAUCCUGUUUCAGGUGGCUUUAUGUCAUUUUUUCUUUAACCUCCUUGGAAUCCUGCUGUGGUACCCCAUACCAGCCACCCGCUUGCCCAUACGUAUGGCCUGUGCCCUUGGCAAACAAACUGCCAAGUAUGUGUUUUAAUGUCUCUCUAUUAUGAAUGCUUAAAGUUAGACAACUCUACAAUGAAUAAAAAAUGAUAAAGUUCUGUGAUUCAAACACACAGGUACCGCUGGUUUGCCGUUUUGUACCUCCUCCUUUGCUUCCUGGUGUUCCCAUCCGCUGUCUUUGCCCUCUCCAUGGCUGGAUGGAAGGUGAUGACCGGGGUUGGUGUACCAGUUAUUGUGGUUGUUUUAUUCUGUGGCACAGUUAACAUGCUGCAGGCACGUAGACCUGGUUGUUUGCCACACGCGCUGCAGAACUGGGGGUUCCUUCCUGUUUGGAUGACGUCACUGCAGCCCCUAGAUGACCUCAUCACCAGGGUAACACUGUGGUGCAGGCAGGGAAGAGGUAAACAAGAUAUCUUUAAUAUAUUAACAGUACUGCAGGAGUUCCCUCUCUGCUACCAUUUUAGUCAAACCUCAUAACUGCCUUUUAAGACACUUACUAUCUACUGACUACUAUUGCUCACAGGUUGGGGUUGCAAAAAAGACGGAGCAGUGACGUCACCGAAAGGUGGUAUAAGAAAACACACAGAGAAAGAGAAACAGAGAGGAGAAGAACAUGAGGUUAAUGAGAGCUGGAAGGAACAAAGAGGACUGGACACACCUGGAUGCUGUGAUCUGCAGUACAUCGAGGAAAACAACCUGCAGUCAGAAAACAACAAAUUUGACUUGGCUUCAGUGAGCUCCAGUAACAGAAACACAGACUUAAACAAACAAGAUGUACAUCUGAGCAGCACUCGACUGUAA